AUGUCUUGUAUUAUAUAGUUAACUUAUAGAGCUAAACGAUCCUUGUCAUUAAAUCCCAAUAGAUAAUUGCCUAAUAGGAUUGUGUUGCCCAAAUUAUUUGUUGAGAGAAAAAGAGCAAUUUCAAUGGAUAAUUGCACUAAAAAUUAAAAAGCUGUUAUACAUCAGAAUAAAGCUAUAACUUAAUCUCCAAAAAUAAUUGCUAAAUCUGUUAAAUCAGAUUUUAAUUAUUUGAAAUUAUCACAAUGCUUCAAAUAAUCGGUUAUUUUAGAAAAAUAGCAAAAUAAAAGUACAACUCAAAGAAAACUUAAAUAAAUGGCAAUAAACUAAAAUGAUUUUUGCUAUGCAGGAUUUGAAAGCACUGACACAGAUAAUGAAGAUUUCUCUUUGGAGGCAUAUCUUAAAAGAUAAUGA